CUUGGGGACAGCUCGCCGCGGAGGCCAGAGGACUUCCAUGGAGUUUUCGGAGCACAUCAGGACGGCCAACGUGGAGGACGUGGUGCUCCGGGAGCGCCAGCGGCCGCCGAGCAGAGGGACGCUGUGCAUCACCGGCCACCACCUGCUGUUCUCGGACAGGGAGGAGGACAGCUCCAGACAGCUGCUGCUGCUCCUCAGAAACAUUGAUGCCAUUGAGAAAAGUGUGGAAAACCUUUUGGGCUAUCCCGGCUUCCUCUCUAAAGCAGGCCACGGUGAAAGGAUGUCUGGAUCUUCUGGGACAAUAACCAUCAAGUGCAAAGACAUGCGUGUGAUCCAGUUUGACAUCCCAGGGAUGGAGCAGUGUCUCAACAUCGCACAUUCUAUUGAGAUCCUAUCAUGUCUGGAUAACGUGUCAGAGAUGUAUCCUUUCUUCUUCAAACCCACCGACUCCAACCUGCCGAAGCAGUGGGGCCUCGCCACCCCUGAAAUGCACUACCAUAAAAAUAAGGACCUUCACAAGAAGUGGAGAUUGAGCAGCGUGAACAGAGACUACUCGGUGUGCCCCUCCUAUCCUCCAGCAGUUAUUGUUCCAUGCACCAUCGGCGAUGACGUGUUGAAAAAGGCGGCUAAAUUUAGGCAAGACGGUCGCUUCCCUGUCCUGUGCUACUACCACAAGAAGAAUGGCAUGGUGAUCAUGCGCAGCAGUCAGCCGCUCACCGGAGCCAACAGGAAGCGCUGCAGUGAAGACGAACUCCUCCUCCAGGCUGUGAUUGGGGGAUCCGACAAAGGCUACAUCAUCGACACGCGCUCCAGUCAGCAGGCCCAGCAGGCCCGGAUGACAGGUGGAGGGUUCGAGUCCAAGUCGUGUUAUGAGCGCUGGAAGAGGCUACAUCGACACAUGGAAAGGGGUAAGGUUCUUCAGGAAAGUCUGAUCAAACUAGUGGAGGCCUGCUCGGAUGAAUCCCACAACAUGGACCGCUGGCUCAGCAAGCUGGAGAACUCCAAGUGGUUGUCUCACGUUCAGACUGCUCUGUCAACUGCAGGCCUGCUGGCAGAGUGUGUGGAGAGGGACGGUCAUUCAGCUCUGGUUCAUGGCUAUGAGGGAACAGACUGCUCUCUGCUCAUCAGCACUCUGGCUCAGCUCAUCAUGGACCCAAGCUGCCGCUCACUGGAAGGCUUCCUGGCUCUGCUGGAGAGAGAAUGGCUUCAGGGAGGACAUCCGUUCCAGCAGCGUUGUGCACACUCAGCCUUUUCGCAUGCCCGCCUCCAGCAGGAGUCUCCGGUCUUCCUGCUGCUGCUGGACUGCGUGUGGCAGCUGUGGCGUCAGUUCCCUCUGGCGCUGGGUUUCUCUGAGGUGUUGCUGCUGCGACUGGCCACCGAAGCCUACGCCUCGGACUACGGCAGCUUUCUGUGCAACAACGAUCAGGAGAGGUGUACUGUGGGAGUGAAGGAUAAGACCCACUGUUUGUUCCAAAACCUGUUGAAGCCCACGGAGAGAGAUUAUUACUCAAACCCUCUGUAUGAGCCCACUGAGCUGGCCAUUUGGCCCUCCGUUCAUCCUCAGUCCUUGCAACUCUGGAAAGGAUUUUUUCUGAGGUGGACCGAGCAGGCUCGACACCUCGAGGAGGUUCAGGAGGAGAUAAGGAACAUGGUCAUAAAGUGGGGGAAGUUAGCUCUCAGCUGAUUAUACCCUCGAGUUCAUCAGAAAAACUUUAAAGUAAAUGUAAAAAGUAUGGUUGUAUACUGAUAAUGUCAUUGUGUGAUCAUUAUGUUUUAUUGUACAGUGUCUUUUACUCUUUUUAUAUGAAAAAAGAAGAUUGUAAUAAAAAAAAGAGGAUAGAAUCUGGAGAUAAAAUCUUGUACCAGACAGAAAGAAUCAGUUAUUUAAGCUGCUAUUUUUGUUGCGUAUUCACUUUAUGAAAUGUUUUAAACUUUGAGCCAUACAAAUAAAAACUAUUGAAAUGAAACA